GCUGCAGUGACAGCUGGGAGCGCGCAGUAUGUGAGAUGGAUAAAGAUAUCCCGUGCUAGGAUGCUGCCGGUGUUCCUAAUAAUCUAAGGUACCUACAGUGUUAGUUGGGCGUGGGCGUGCCGUCGUGUCCUGUUUCUGGCGCCAGCCAACAAUGACGCAUCUUUUCCACAUGCGCGUGUGUCAGGAGAAUUAAAUAAUCAAUACAGUACUAACGAAAUACUACAAUUGUACUACAACUACUCUUCGAGAAAUCGGCACGAUUGCAAUAGUUAUUAUCUAUAUUUACCUUCACAGCUACAAUCGCAUGCUGUUUCCUCCGAACAGCCCCCGCGCAACCGCCCAAGAGCCCUCAAGGGCUUCCUAAGAACAAUCUUGUCCCCAUUACCACUGCCGCAUUGCACAGCUAUAGCCAAUGUUGCUGCGGCAGUCAGGACGUGGUACCAUACGAGCAGCCUCUCCGUGCCUUGAAGCGCAGUUCAGGGCCAGGUCUGCCCUUUUUCGGCAUCGCUAUGGACGAGACUUCCACUCCUCAAGACCGAACCGGAUCAUAGCAGAAGCGCUACAACUUUCGCAUAGCGUGUUCCAGGAAAUUCAUACCGUGACCGGACUGCCCUGGGCCCUGUCGAUACCUUUGACCGCGUCACUUUUUCGACUUGCAUGGAUCCCCGUGCAGAUAAUAUCAACUAUAAGCCUGAAACGCAGGCAGAUCGAGGGCCCUCUUCUCAAAGGAUGGCGGAAGGCCUACCAAGAUAUCGCAGUUGUCAAGUUUAGAGACCAGACGCAGCAGAGUGCAGAAGCAGCAGAACGAUGGGUGAGCAAACAACUGCAAGCCCGGCGAAAGGCCAUCCGACAGCACAGUAACUAUCUGAGCCCACUGUCGGUAUUCGGUCUACAACUAUCGUUCUUCCCCAUCUGGAUCCUCAAUGCCGACGUCAUCAGGCGGAUGGCAGGCGACGAUAGAACACUUUUGUCUCUAUUCCUCAAAACCAACGAUAGCAAAGUGGACACGAGUAUCGUCCCACCGGAACCGGGCCUGCAGGCUGAAAGUCUCUGGUGGAUUCCCGACCUGGUCUCUCCGGAUCAUCUCUGGAUUCUGCCGCUGACUUUCGGGGCCCUGUCAGUAGCCAGUGCAUGGAUGGCGGCAGGGAGAGGGAUGGCGAAACAGCAGGAGAGGAUAGCAACUAUGGAACCUGGUCUGGCGAGACAGAGAGAUAUAUUUUUCCUAUCUGUCUCUCAGUUCAUUGUCUCCGCAUCUUUCCUCUUCCCAAUGUUCGUCAUCCGAUCUGAAACGCCCACUGCUGUUGUCCUGUAUCUCAUCGGCAGCGUAGGGACGCAGCUGAUUCAACGACCGCUGGUUAGUUACUUGUUAGGUGAUCCGAAAAAGUCUGCAAUUGAGCCGCUUGAGCGCAAAGCCCCCAAACUGAAGGGCACAAAGGAGUCACGGCUGAACUCAUAGGGAGGGCUCACCACCGUAAGCCCACAAAACGUCUAUGGAGCAGUGAUAGCCACAACCUUAUAUGCCUACGCUGUCAGCCGGCGGACUGACGCACUCAGCCUAGCAUGGGGCGAAGUUGAACACUGCAAUCCGAGGCUCUCCUCAGAAGGCGGAACUCAUGAUCGUGUCCGCUAGAGGGGCACGGGACCUGAAAAUGAACCCCCCAAUCCUUCAUUCUGUGCUUCUGCCAGAAUCCCAUGUGACGACCGAGGCCGCAAUCGUUGCCUUACUCAGAAUAGUCGGAUAAUGGAGAGGAAGCACCAGCUCCUAGAGCGAUUUGGUCGAGGUGCCGUCAUCAUAUCGGUGCGCGCACGCCGAUUCAGUAUGCAAAUAUCUCAUGGGUCUGCACAACCACCCGAAUGCAAUAUGCUGCAACCGGCGGCCGAUUGCUCUCCUUUGCCACUGUAGGCUGGAAGAAUCACCCUCUUGGAUGUCCGCGAUUGUCCAGGCAACUUGGAAUAGUCAGAAGGGAAAAAACUGUAGCCAUCUGUUGGGCCGAAUAGCAACUGAACACAAUGCCUCAAGGACAAUAAGUUUUCAAUAGCAUUGGGUGCGUAGUACUCGACCAUGUAGAUCGUUUGAAGAAGGUUCAUAUACGUUGCCUUUCCACUCUCAA